AUGUCAGCUCUCCAAAGGUCAAUCGGCUCCAGGCUGAUCGCAUCGGCUGUCCGCCCUACGAUUGCACGAACCCUUCUCCCAGUCUCGCGAGCCUACAGCAAAGCCACCGAUGAGCCCGACUCCAAGGCCUCCACCGAAGAUGCACCCUCAGCACGCGGCGGCGACUCCGCAAUGAUAACCUCGGAGAAUGCAGUCGAGGCAGCACCGCGGCACCAACCGGACUACAACGUCGCAAUCGACUACAGAACCUCGACCUUCUCGCCCAUUCCCAAGCGCGUCAUGGAUGGCAGUGAGCCGGGGGUUUCGGUCGCAGCAGCGGUGCUGUCCGGCGCGCCAAUUGACCUCCAAGCGCGGACGGUCCGUAUCUACCGCCCCGUGAAGACUGCAACACAGUCGGGCGACUGGAACGGUCACAUGUGGCAGAUCGACUGGGACGUGCUGGGCAAGGGGCACAGGUGGGAGAACCCGCUGAUGGGGUGGCAGAGCUCGGCGGACUUCCAGCAAAGCGAGCGCAUCGCAUUCAGGACAAAGGAGGAGGCGAUCAAUUUCGCGAACAAGCAGGGCUAUGAGUAUUUCGUACAGGAGCCGAAUGAGCGGAGGAUUAUUCCCAAGGCGUAUGCGGAUCAGUUUGUAUACAGCCCGAAGAAGCUGAAGAAUAUUAGGACAAAGUAG